GCAUUUGUAUGGCAAUGUGACGAACGGUCAUCGCUCGCAAAGAGCGCAAUUUUUUUUUUCAGUGCAAAUAGGAAUAGCGAGCAAAAUAACAAAAAAAAGAAAAAAGAAACGAAUCAAAAAAAAAAGAGGGCCAAGCAGCUAAAAGCGCUUAUUUUGGUGUGUCGGCGUGUGCCCGAAUGAUAACAGUUUUAUGUAGUUAGAUCCCACAAUGAGUGUGCUGCCGUUUGUACGCGGUGUGGAUUUUACCAAAAAUGAUUUUAGCAAAACAUUCCCCAGCAGUAUGCGGCAAAUGUCGCGGGUGCAGUGGCUCAAUCUGGAUCGCACCCAGCUGGCGGAGAUACCCGAAGAGCUGGGCCACCUGCAAAAGCUGGAGCAUCUAUCCCUGAACCACAAUCGACUGGAGAAGAUCUUUGGUGAGCUGACAGAGCUAACAUGCCUGCGUUCCUUGGAUCUGCGGCACAAUCAGUUGAAGAACAGCGGUAUACCGCCGGAACUGUUCCAUCUGGAGGAGCUGACCACUUUGGACCUGUCGCACAACAAGCUGAAGGAGGUGCCGGAGGGCUUGGAGAAGGCCAAGAAUCUGAUCGUCCUCAAUCUCAGCCAUAAUGUCAUCGAGAGUAUACCCACGCCGCUUUUCAUUCACCUCACGGAUCUGAUAUUUCUGGAUCUGUCGCACAAUCGCCUGGAGACACUGCCGCCCCAGACCAGGAGGCUGAUCAAUCUGAAGACUCUGGAUCUGUCGCACAAUCCCCUGGAGCUGUUCCAGCUCCGACAGCUGCCGUCACUGCAAAGCCUCGAGGUUCUCAACAUGAGCGGCACACAGAGAACGCUCCUGAAUUUCCCCACCAGCCUCGACACGUUGGCCAAUCUGGUCGAGCUGGAUCUGUCGCACAAUUCCCUGCCCAAGCUGCCGGAUGUCGUCUACAAUGUGGUGACCCUGGUGCGUCUGAAUCUGAGUGAUAAUGCCAUCAACGAGCUGAGCGCCAGCGUGGAGCAGUGGCAGCGCCUGGAAUCGUUGAAUCUCUCCCGGAAUCAGCUAACGACCCUGCCCGCCGCCCUCUGCAAGUUGCCAAAGCUCCGUCGAUUGCUCGUCAACGACAACAAGCUGAACUUUGACGGCAUACCGUCAGGGAUUGGGAAACUGGGUGCUCUGGAGGUCUUUUCGGCGGCGAACAAUCUCCUAGAAAUGGUGCCCGAGGGCCUGUGCCGAUGUGGUGCUCUCAAGCAGCUAAACCUGAGCUUCAACCGACUGAUCACGCUGCCCGAUGCCAUACACCUGCUGGAGGGACUCGAUCAGCUUGACUUGCGCAACAAUCCCGACCUUAUAAUGCCGCCCAAGCCGAGCGAAUCGAGCAAGGCCACCAGCCUGGAGUUCUACAACAUCGAUUUCAGCCUGCAGACCCAGUUGAGGUUAGCCGGCGCCGCCGUUCCCGCCUCCAUUCCCGCUGCCGUCACGCCCAAGGACUCCACGGCCCGUAAGAUACGAUUACGUCGCGGUCUCCGGCCCGAGGGCGGUGACCAGGACGCUGCCAAGGUGCUUAAGGGCAUGAAGGACGUGGCCAAGGACAAGGAGAACGAACUGGCCGAUGAGACCGGCAAGCCGGAGUCUCUGAAGCCGAAACGCUGGGACGAAUCGCUGGAGAAGCCCCAGCUGGACUACUCCAAGUUCUUUGAGAAGGAGGACGGCCAGCAGCCGGGUCUGACGAUUUGGGAGAUCGAGAACUUUCUGCCCAACAAGAUCGAGGAGGUGGUGCACGGCAAGUUCUACGAGGGCGACUGCUACAUCGUGCUGAAGACCAAGUUCGACGACCUUGGGACCCUCACCUGGGAGAUCUACUUCUGGAUCGGCAACGAGGCCACGCUGGACAAGCGGGCCUGUGCGGCGAUCCAUGCUGUGAACCUGAGGAACUAUCUGGGCGCCCGGUGUCGCACCAUUCGCGAGGAGCAGGGCGACGAAUCCGAGGAGUUCCUGGCCCUCUUCGACACGGAGGUCAUCUACAUCGAGGGCGGACGCACUGCCACCGGUUUCUACACGAUCGAGGAGAUGAUUCACAUAACCCGCUUGUAUCUGGUGCAUGCCUACGGGGCCACUGUCCACCUGGAACCGGUUACCUUGUCGCCCAGCUCCCUGGAUCCCCGGCAUGCUCUCGUCCUGGACAUGGGCACCACCAUCUACAUUUGGCUGGGGAAGAAGUCGAAGAACACCCUCAACUCCAAGGCCCGCCUGAUGGCGGAGAAGAUCAGUAAGAUGGAGCGGAAGAACAAGUGCGAAAUCGUGGUGGAACGGCAGGGCGAGGAGAGUCCCGAGUUCUGGCAGGGCUUCGACCUGACGCCCGAGGAGGUGGCGGAGCUGGAGGAGCCCAAGGAGCAUUGGCCCGACGACUACCAGCCGGUGCAGCCGCGCCUCUACCAGGUUCAGCUGGGAAUGGGCUACUUGGAACUGCCGCAGGUGGAGCUGCCCGACCAGAAGCUCUGCCACACCCUGCUGAACAGCAAGCACGUCUACAUCCUGGACUGCUGCACGGACCUGUUCGUGUGGUUCGGCAAGAAAUCCACGAGAUUGGUGCGCGCCGCUGCCGUGAAGCUGAGCCGGGAGCUGUUCAACAUGAUGGAGCGACCGGAGUGUGCUCUGGUGAUGCGCGUUCCGGAGGGCAACGAGAUGCAGAUCUUCCGCACAAAGUUCGCCGGCUGGGACGAGGUGAUGGCCGUGGACUUUACGCGAACGGCCAAGUCGGUGGCCAAGACGGGCGCCAAUCUCACCCAGUGGGCCAAGAAGCAGGAGACCCGCACAGAUCUGGCCGCCCUCUUCAUGCCCCGCCAGGCGGCCAUGCCCCUCGCGGAGGCCGAGCAGCUGGAAGAGGAGUGGAACUACGAUCUGGAGAACAUGGAUCCGUUUGUGCUCGAGAACAAGAAAUUUGUUCGCCUGCCGGCCGAGGAGUUGGGCCAUUUCUACACCGGCGAGUGCUAUGUGUUCCUGUGCCGCUACUGCAUACCCGUGGAGGAGCCGGAGAACGGUGCCGAGGAGGGGCAGGACGACAGCAAGGCGUCCAACAACCAGCCCGAGGAUGAGAUUCAGUGCGUCGUCUAUUUCUGGCAGGGACGCAAUGCCGGCAAUAUGGGUUGGCUCACCUUCACCUUUACGCUGCAGAAAAAGUUUAAGGCCAUGUUCGGCGAGGAGCUGGAGGUGGUUCGGAUCUUCCAGCAGCAGGAGAACCUCAAGUUCAUGUCCCAUUUCAAGCGCAAGUUCAUCAUACACACCGGCAAGCGGAAGGACAAGGCUCUGACCGCGGAUGGGAAGGCGCCGGUGGAGUUCUUCCAUUUGCGUUCGAACGGUGGAGCACUCACCACACGCCUCAUCCAGAUUAAUCCGGAUGCAGUGCAUCUUAACUCGGCCUUUUGCUAUAUACUCCAUGUGCCAUUUGAAACGGAGGACGAUUCACAGUCAGGGAUAGUGUACGUCUGGAUUGGCAACAAAUCCUGCAACGAGGAGGCCAAGCUGAUCCAGGAAAUAGCCGAGGAUAUGUUCAACUCACCCUGGGUGAGCCUGCAGAUACUCAACGAAGGCGACGAACCCGAAAACUUCUUCUGGGUGGCUCUUGGAGGACGGAAACCAUACGAUACAGACGCCGAGUACAUGGAGUAUACACGUCUGUUCCGAUGCUCCAACGAGCGAGGAUACUAUACGGUGGCCGAGAAGUGCGCCGAUUUUUGUCAGGAUGAUCUCGCCGAUGACGACAUCAUGAUCCUGGACAAUGGCGAGCACGUCUUCCUCUGGAUGGGACCACGCUGCAGCGAGGUGGAGGUGAAGCUGGCCUACAAGUCCGCCCAGGUGUACAUCCAGCAUAUGCGGAUCAAGCAACCGGAACGGCCGCGCAAACUCUUCCUGACGAUGAAGAACAAGGAGUCGCGUCGAUUCACCAAAUGCUUCCACGGCUGGAGCGCCUUCAAGGUGUAUUUAUAAUUUUAAGUGUAGAGCGGAAAAGCGGAGAGCCAUUUAAUUCUAAAAUCACUAGAGUUUUCAAAGGGAUUCUUCUUUAUAAUUCAAGCAUCUUAAACGAUUAAGUUGCUUCUUUUUUUAGAAUUUUUUAAUGAUUUUUUUUUAACGAAUUCUCUCUUUUUUUUUGGGAAAUAUUGUGCAUGUGUAG